AUAGCUCAAGAUGAAACCCUCAACGCAGAGUCAUGGCUGCGGAAGUACGGCUAUUUGUCCCAGGCCAGCCGUCAAAUGUCCACUAUGCAGUCUGCCCAGAUCCUGUCCAGUGCCAUCAGGGACAUGCAGCGGUUCUAUGGCCUGGAGGUGACAGGCGAGAUGGACCAGGCUACCCUAAAAGCCAUGAGAAGGCCACGCUGCGGAGUUCCAGAUCGGUCUGAAGAAGAAUCAACUGAAGGAAACAAACGAAGGAAACGAUAUGCACUCACGGGGCACAAAUGGGACCAGCUCAAGUUGACUUACAGCAUACAGAACCACACACCAAAGCUAGGUCAACAGCAGACAGAGGAAGCUAUACGAAAGGCCUUCCAGGUGUGGGAGAGAGUGGCACCUCUUCGUUUUGAAGAGACGCUGUAUCGCGAAAUAAAAAACGGCAGCGAGGGUCCGGAUAUACUGCUGUUAUUUGCUUCUGGUUUCCAUGGUGACAUGUCCCUCUUUGAUGGUGAAGGGGGCUCAUUGGCUCACGCUUUCUUCCCUGGUCCUGGGAUGGGUGGGGACACGCAUUUUGACAUGGACGAGCCUUGGACUCUUGGCCAACGGGAAGGAGAAGGUGUUGACUUGUUUUUGGUGGCGGUUCAUGAGCUUGGCCACGCCCUGGGUUUGGAACACUCCAACAACCCCUCUGCUAUAAUGGCUCCAUUCUACCAGUGGAUGGACACCAACAACUUUACCCUCCACAAGGACGACAUCGAUGGGAUCCAAGAAGUCUAUGGUCAACCCACUCAGCCCUGGGUACCGCCAGUCACCCCCUCCAGGAGGACAAAUCACCCACAGCCCACGGAGCGAUCAGACCAAGGUCCGCCUGACAUCUGUGAGGGGAACUUUGACACAGUUACUAUGCUCAGAGGGGAGAUGUUUGUCUUCAAGGGACGUUGGUUCUGGAGAGUCAGACGAAACAGAGUUCUGGAUAAUUAUCCUAUGCCCAUUUCCUUCUUCUGGACGGGUCUGCCUGAAAACAUAGAUGCUGCCUAUGAACGCCAUGAUGGAAAAUUUGUGUUUUUCAAAGGGAGUAAGUACUGGUUGUUUAGGGAGGCCGAUGUGGAGCCCGGUUACCCCCAGGAGUUGUCCCGGUACGGUCAGGGUAUGCCCAGCGACCGCAUUGACACCGCUGUGUGGUGGGAACCUUCUGGCUUCACCUACUUCUUCCGAGGAGACAGAUACUGGCGUUUUAGCGAGGAAUCACGUUCGGUGGAGAAAGACUACCCGAAGCCAAUCAGUGUGUGGAGCUCUAUACCGUCUUCUCCUAAAGGAGCAUUUCUAAGUGACGAUGGAGUGUACACAUACUUCUACAAAGGCACCAAAUACUGGAGGUUUAAUAACAGACGGAUGAAGGUUGAUCCGGGAUACCCAAGAUCCAUCCUGAACGAUUUCAUGGGCUGCAGAGUGGAUCCGAACCUGGAUACGGACUCCAAUACAGAACCAGGACAGAAGUGGCCCGAAGUCGACAAGCCUUCUGUGGAUUCUGAUCCAAACUGGGACAAGGACCUGGAUCAGGACUACAAAGAUGACGAAGAUGAUAAUGAUGAUGACAACGACAGUAAGAACGGAGGUGGUGGCGAUGAAGAUAAGGAGGAAGUGGACGUGGUACUCAGGGUUAAAGAGAGCAAUGAACACAUCAUGACCUUUGUCAUGGUUACCGUGCCUCUAGUGCUGGUGCUAUGCAUUCUGGGAGUGAUCUAUGUCAUAAUCACCACGCUGCAGAAGAAAGAGGCACCCAAAGUAUUGGUGCAUUGCAGAAGGUCUCUUCAGGAAUGGGUCUGACACUUCAUUUCACACAUGUUCACAUCAAAAUAUCCACACUCCAGUUCAUGCAUUAGUGUUUUUUCCCCUCAGAGACACACCUCUUAUACUCCAUUAUGGUGCUUGACCUAAUUCAAGACUGUUUCAUAACUGAACAUUUGCACUUUCGUGUCCUAACGGUUUUAGUCUUUUUGGUGGUUCUUUUGUCACACUGUGGUUCUUUUAUUUCUGUGUGGACAACAACUAUAUAUGUAUGCAUUUAAUAAUUCCUCUGUGUUUUCUCACUGAGCCCGAUCAUUUAGUCUGUACUGUGGGAACCUCGGCAGAAUUUUCUAGUCGCAGUUAGGAAAAGAAUACGAACCAAGACCUCUCCGCAAGACUUUGGGAGAAAUCACAGGGUUAAGAAUUUGGUCUUAAUAAAUUGUCUUGCACAUACUUAAGAAGGUUUACAGUCUCUGCCUGUGGAGUUUGGCCUGCCUUGCAUUACACAGAUGUUGCUGAUUUAGGACUUUGGAGAGAUGGGGGAGGGGGGGAAGAGACUCACAUCCCUGCCAGCAUUUCCUUUGCCUGAGUUCCAUUAAAGUUUGCCAAAGGAGAAGAGAAAGGGAGGGGUUGGGGGCGAACAAUGGGCGUGGCUCUCCUGGCA